AUGUCCGACUCCCUCAGAGUCACCGAGAAAGACAACAGCGAGUCAGAUAAUUCUGCAGCUCUGAGCAUAACAUAUUCACAGAAAUACGAAAAUGAGGCACCACCUGCUAAAAAGCAAAGUAUCUCACACAGCAACGCCCCCGAUGACACCAAACUCGAAAUUACAGAGGACAUGUGCUACGAAGAGCUUGGAUACUCCUUUCCCACAUGGAAGAAAUGGACUGUCUUAUCCGUUAUUUUCCUUGUACAAGUCUCUAUGAACUUCAAUACUAGCUUGUACUCCAACGCUAUCCCCGGUAUCAUGGAAGAGUUCAAAAUUAGUGCCCAAACCGCCAGGUGUGGUGCCAUGAUAUUUCUAGUAUUGUAUGCUUUUGGCUGUGAGCUAUGGGCGCCUUGGAGCGAAGAGUUAGGACGAAAGCCUAUCCUCCAGGCCAGUCUCUUCCUAGUUAAUGUCUGGCAACUGCCGGUAGCCUUGGCCCCCAAUUUUACAUCGAUCAUGGUCGGUCGAGCUCUUGGGGGAUUAUCUUCUGCUGGAGGCUCCGUUACCCUCGGUAUGAUCGCUGAUAUGUGGGAAACUGAAAAGCAACAAUACGCUGUCGCCUUUGUGGUCUUUUCAUCUGUUGGCGGCUCUAUUCUUGGUCCUAUUGUCGGUGGCUUUAGCGAGCAAUAUCUACACUGGAGAUGGUCAAUCUGGAUCCAACUCAUAUUUGGAGUAGUAGUUCAAAUUCUACAUCUUGUACUAGUCCCAGAGACUCGGACUACAGUUAUGAUGGACAGGAUUGCGAAGAAAAGACGUAAAAACGGGGAAAAUAUAUGGGGCCCAAAUGAGUUGAUCCCAUACAGGGAUCGCUUCUCGGCUUGGGAAAUUUUGAUUACAUGGGGUCGCCCAUUCAAAAUGUUUCUGACUGAACCGAUUGUGCUAGUACUCUCUCUUCUCAGCGGGUUCAGCGAUGCCCUUAUCUUCAUGUUUAUUCAAUCUUUUGCUCUUGUAUAUGGCCAAUGGGGGUUUAGUAGCGUUCAACUAGGACUAGCCUUCAUUCCCAUAGGCAUCGGCUAUCUAAUUGCCUGGAUUUCAUUCAUUCCUAUGAUUCGGCGUAAUAUUAAACAGCGUAAGGAAAAUCCAACUAAUGAGAGGAUACAGUUUGAGUCACGCCUUUGGUGGCUUCUAUACACUGCGCCCUGUCUUCCGAUUGGUCUAAUUGGUUUUGCGUGGACAAGCACGGGUCCACCCAUACACUGGAUCGGCUCUAUGGUCUUCAGCGCUACCGUUGGUAUUGCCAACUAUGCAAUCUACAUGGCAACUAUUGAUUACAUGAUUACUGCCUACGGUCCAUACUCGGCCUCUGCCACAGGCGGAAACGGCUGGGCACGUGACUUUCUUGCAGGUGUCCUGACCAUUCCUGCAACACCCUUUUUUGAGAAGAUUGGCUCCAACCCACUCGCCUACGCCUCGACAAUUCUAGCUUGCAUAUCAUUUCUCCUCGUUCUUGCUGUCUAUAUAAUAUAUUGGAAGGGACCUCAGCUUCGCCACCGCUCGCCAUUUGCUCAACAGCUUUCCGACGCUCGAUUUGAACAUGAUCCUCUGCACGCUUCCGUUUCUGAGCGACAGGCCACCCAUCAAGCCAAGGCUAUAUUACGCUCACAGCAAGACCUACGCAUCCGACAGGCACUAGGAAGUCGAGCUCCCAGCUUUGUCGCCAGCGGACACGCUAAAACCCCGAUGGCUAGUCGCGCUGCAAGUCGUGCUGCUAGCCCAACUGGCAUGAAACGGGUAGCUGGACGAAGCCGUAAGAACAGUUUGUCCGGAGAAGGAGUCAUCUCGGGGAUCCGCGGGCCUGGUCUUGAGCCUAAUCAUGGAGUUUCAAAAAAUCGGUAA